UUGUGCUUAGAAAUCCCUUGGCCUCCUCUACUCGAUGAGCCUGACUCUAUUAACCUUGAGCCUGAGACGAAUUCUUCGGAGGUCAGGAACUCUACUAUCGUAACAAGUGAAGACUUGCUUCUAUCGGCUUCAUUUCAAACCGUCAAUGAAGGUCUGAUACCACCUGAUCCAGACUCGCUCGAUAAGACUCCGUCCCGACAGGAGCCACUAUUCUCACUCUCUCAAUCUCUCGAAGCGCUAAAUCUUUCCAAUUCUCUUGUCCUGUGCCAAUCCUCAGACGGUGUAUCCCUCUCUUAUAGACCUUCAGUUGAAGCUUCAUUGAAAAUGCGUGAGCCUUUAUUUGCAGCUGGGUCUACUCCUCGGACAGAAGGUAGCCAUUAUCAUUCCCGAACAGACACGAAUUUGCUCCUGAAAAGCUCUCCACCAACCCUGGUAACAGAGUCAGACUGUCAGGGGUCUUCGGUAGGACAUUUGAAAUCCAUUUGCAAUUAUGAUAAUAUGAUUGAUGCAAUAGUAUCACCUGACCAUGAUCGAUCUCGCUUAUUAAGUGAAACUCCUGAGGGACUAACACUUUCUAAAAAGAAACAGAUGCUACGUUCAUAUGAAAGCCUCAUAUCCUCAUUAACAACAGACGUAGAAGUCCUCAUGAGCCUGCGUGCAAAGCAAUUCAUCUCUAGCCUUCUAUCACGUCAGCCCUCUCGGCGACUCGAAUUCAUAAAACAUGUUCGUUCCGAACCUUUUUUGUCUCAACUAAAUCUUGAUUGGGAUAGACUAUAUGAAAGGGAUAUGCCAUUUAUUCCUAAGCCAGAUGAUCCCGAGGAUACCACCUAUUUUGAGCUGUUAAUUACUUCUGUCUAUAUUGACUCAUUCACUUAG